AAAAAAAAAAAAAGAGUUCUCUCAUUCUCUGAUUUUUCGGGAAAAAAAAAAUAUCAAAACCAGAGAGAGAGAUAAGAACAAAUCUCGAUUUCGAUAUUCUCUUCAUCGGGAGGAGCAAUGGCGGCGGCUUCGAACGGGAGCGAGUAUUUCGAAUUCGAUGUUGAAACAGGUAGAGAAUCGUUCGCGCGGCCUUCGAACGCCGAUACAGUGGAGCAAGAUGAAGAAGAUCUACGGUGGGCGGCGAUCGGGAGGUUACCGUCGCAGAGACAAGGCAAUCAGAGCACGAUCCUUCGCCGGGCUCAGACGCAGAGUCAGACGACUUCUGGUUACGCCGACGGGAACGUUGUUCAGACGAUUGAUGUGAAGAAACUGGAUCGUGCGGAUCGUGAGAUGUUGGUUCGUCAAGCUCUCGCUACUAGUGAUCAGGAUAAUUUCAAACUCCUCUCUGCUAUUAAGGAACGGCUUGAUCGAGUUGGUAUGGAGGUUCCGAAAAUCGAAGUCCGGUUCGAGAAUUUGAAUAUUGAAGCUGAUGUUCAAGUUGGUACAAGAGCUUUGCCUACUUUGGUUAAUGUCUCUCGUGAUUUCGUUGAGCGUUGUUUAAGCAGUUUGAGAAUUAUCAAGCCUAGGAAACACAAGCUGAACAUUUUGAAAGAUAUUAGUGGGAUUAUCAAACCAGGAAGGAUGACUUUGUUAUUAGGACCACCGGGUUCGGGGAAAUCGACUUUGCUACUUGCUCUCGCUGGAAAACUUGAUAAGAGUCUUAAGAAAACGGGUAAGAUCACGUACAAUGGAGAGAAUCUUGAUGAGUUCUAUGUUAAAAGGACUUCAGCAUAUAUCAGUCAAACGGAUAACCACAUUGCGGAGCUCACUGUUCGUGAAACGCUUGAUUUCGCUGCGAGAUGUCAGGGUGCAAGUGAAGGAUUUGCAGGCUACAUGAAAGAUUUAACCCGAUUAGAGAAAGAGAGGGGUAUACGUCCUUCUUCCGAGAUUGAUGCUUUUAUGAAGGCUGCUUCUGUCAGUGGUGAAAAGCAUAGUGUUUCAACAGAUUAUGUGCUUAGAGUGCUUGGUCUUGAUGUAUGUUCUGAUACAAUGGUUGGUAAUGAUAUGAUGAGAGGUGUUUCAGGAGGUCAGAGGAAAAGAGUAACAACAGGAGAGAUGACUGUUGGACCAAGAAAAACGUUGUUUAUGGAUGAAAUAUCUACUGGUCUUGAUAGCUCAACAACUUUUCAGAUUGUGAAAUGUAUCAGAAACUUUGUCCACCUAAUGGAUGCAACUGUUCUCAUGGCACUACUUCAGCCUGCACCAGAAACAUUUGAUCUGUUUGAUGACUUAAUUCUUCUAUCAGAAGGUUACAUGGUGUAUCAAGGUCCUCGACAAGAAGUGGUGGGCUUUUUUGAGUCACUAGGAUUCAGACUCCCACCACGUAAAGGUGUUGCAGAUUUUCUCCAAGAGGUGACUUCCAAAAAAGAUCAAGCUCAAUACUGGGCAGAUCCUUCAAAGCCAUAUCAGUUCAUUCCUGUCUCAGACAUAGCGGCUGCAUUCCGAAACUCGCAAUAUGGGCAUAAUGCGGAUUCCAAACUGGCCACACCAUUCGAUAAGUCAUCCGCGGAUCCUUCAGCUCUAUGCAGAACCAAAUUUGCCAUAUCAGGAUGGGAGAACCUUAAAGCUUGCUUUGAACGAGAAAUACUAUUGAUCAACCGGCACAGGUUUCUUUACACUUUCAGGACAUGCCAGGUUGCAUUUGUGGGAUUUGUCACAGCCACGGUGUUCUUGAGAACUAGAUUACACCCAACAAACGAACAAUUUGGCAACGAGUAUCUAUCUUGCCUUUUCUUCGGGCUAGUGCACAUGAUGUUCAAUGGUUUCUCUGAGCUGCCUCUCAUGAUAUCGCGUCUCCCGGUUUUCUACAAGCAAAGGGAUAACUCGUUUCACCCUGCUUGGUCCUGGUCUAUAGCCAGCUGGCUGUUGCGUGUUCCUUACUCUAUCCUUGAAGCUGUUGUCUGGACUUGUGUGGUAUACUACAGUGUGGGACUUGCUCCUUCACCAGGCAGGUUUUUCCGAUACAUGUUGCUCCUCUUCUCGGUGCAUCAAAUGGCUCUAGGUUUAUUUCGUAUGAUGGCUUCUCUAGCAAGGGAUAUGGUCAUUGCCAAUACAUUCGGAUCUGCAGCUAUCUUAAUAGUGUUCUUGCUUGGUGGAUUCGUUAUUCCAAAAGCUGAUAUUAAACCCUGGUGGAUUUGGGGUUUUUGGGUUUCGCCAUUAUCCUAUGGACAACGUGCCAUUGCGGUCAAUGAAUUCACAGCCACACGGUGGAUGACGCCAUCCGCUAUAUCGAAUACUUCAAUUGGAUUCAACCUCUUAAAGAUACGUAGCUUUCCCACAAAUGACAAUUGGUAUUGGGUUGGGAUUGCGGUUCUCAUUGGCUAUGCAAUUCUCUUCAACAACAUAGUCACUCUCGCCUUGGCUUAUCUUAACCCUCUAAGAAAAGCUCGAGCAGUUGUUUUAGACGAUCCCAAUGAAGAAGCCAAAGCUUUAGUGUCAGAUACAAAACAAGGAAAAAGUGAGAAAAAGGGAAUGAUCCUUCCAUUUCAACCAUUAACAAUGACUUUCCACAAUGUCAACUAUUAUGUUGAUAUGCCAAAGGAAAUGCGUUCUCAAGGUGUCCCAGAGACAAGACUACAGCUGUUAUCAAAUGUGAGCGGAGUCUUUUCACCUGGUGUUCUUACAGCUUUAGUUGGAUCAAGCGGUGCGGGGAAAACUACGUUGAUGGAUGUUCUUGCUGGUCGAAAGACAGGUGGAUACAUAGAGGGAGAUAUUAGAAUCUCUGGUCACCCAAAAGAACAACGAACGUUUGCUAGAAUCUCUGGAUAUGUUGAGCAGAACGAUAUACAUUCUCCUCAAGUGACUGUUGAAGAGUCUCUGUGGUUUUCGGCUAGCCUUCGUCUUCCUAAAGAGAUCAGCAAAGAGCAAAAAAAGGAAUUUGUGGAAGAAGUAAUGAGACUUGUAGAGCUUGAUACUCUGAGAUAUGCGUUAGUAGGUUUACCCGGUACAACAGGACUAUCUACAGAACAGAGGAAACGUCUAACAAUUGCGGUUGAGUUAGUAGCAAAUCCAUCAAUAAUCUUCAUGGAUGAACCAACAUCUGGACUUGAUGCAAGAGCAGCUGCAAUUGUGAUGAGAACUGUAAGGAACACUGUUGACACUGGAAGAACAGUGGUUUGCACCAUUCAUCAACCCAGCAUUGACAUUUUCGAGGCCUUUGACGAGCUGCUUCUAAUGAAACGAGGGGGACAGGUUAUAUAUGGUGGGAAGUUGGGUAAACACUCACAGGUUCUUGUAGAUUACUUUCAGGGGAUUAACGGAGUACCUGCAAUCUCAAGUGGUUACAAUCCAGCUACUUGGAUGCUUGAAGUCACUACGCCUGCAUUGGAAGAGAAAUAUAACAUGGACUUUGCAGAUUUAUACAAGAAUUCUGACCAGUUUAGAGGAGUGGAGACAAGUAUCAAGCAGCUCAGUGUUCCACCAGAAGGCUCAGAGCCAAUAAGCUUUACUUCAAGAUACUCACAGAACCAACCAUCUCAGUUUCUACUCUGCCUCUGGAAACAGAACCUUGUCUACUGGAGAAGUCCAGAAUACAAUCUUGUUAGAUUGGGGUUCACAUCGAUAGCUGCGCUUAUACUUGGCACAGUUUUCUGGGACAUUGGUUCCAAGAGGACUUCCUCACAGGAUUUGAUCACUGUAAUGGGAGCUCUCUACUCGGCUUGUCUAUUUCUUGGAGUUAGUAAUGCUUCAUCGGUACAACCAAUAGUUUCAAUCGAAAGAACAGUCUUCUACAGAGAGAAAGCUGCAGGAAUGUAUUCUCCAAUUCCAUAUGCAGCUGCUCAAGGUCUUGUGGAGAUACCUUACAUUCUCACCCAAACCAUCCUCUAUGGUGUCAUUACAUACUUCACCAUUGGUUUUGAAAGAACAUUAAGCAAGUUUGUACUGUAUAUGGUGUUCAUGUUCCUCACCUUCACCUACUUCACCUUCUAUGGCAUGAUGGCGGUUGGUUUCACCCCGAAUCAGCACUUAGCCGCUGUUAUCUCCUCGGCUUUCUACUCUCUCUGGAAUCUCCUCUCUGGUUUUCUCGUCCAAAAACCUUUGAUUCCAGUGUGGUGGAUAUGGUUCUACUACAUUUGUCCAGUGGCGUGGACACUUCAAGGAGUAAUCCUCUCACAGCUUGGUGACGUGGAGAGCAUGAUCGACGAGCCAACGUUCCAUGGAACGGUGAAAGAGUUUAUCGAACAUUAUUUCGGGUACAAGCCAGACAUGAUAGGUGUAUCUGCAGCUGUUCUUGUCUGUUUUUGCGCUCUCUUCUUCUCAUGCUUUGCACUUUCAGUCAAAUACCUCAAUUUCCAGAGAAGAUAGAAGUCCUUCUUUAUAUUUUUAUAUUUUUGCCCUAUUUUCUCUAGUGUUCCUUCUACGAGUAGUCAGGACUUUUUUUAAUUUUUUUUCUCUCUGUAUUACCGCAGGACUCUAUUAGUUUUCUUGACAUUGAUGAAAAAAAAAAAGCAAACACAUAAAAUAAGAUUCUGUUUUGCUCUGUUUAGUGCUAUUUUGUAGUUUUGUACACACUGAAUAUUAUUAAAGAUGUGGGAAAAGGCUCAGA